GCGGAAAAUAAAUAAAAUCUUCAUCUAAAUUACUGUGAAUCUGGCCCGGCAAGUGAAAUAUAAAAUUAAGUGUUUUCAAAGCGAUCUGUGCUUCAGUUGCUUUGUACCCACAAACAAUGACCGAUUCCGAUGACAGUACUUCUCGGUUCAGCGAUCUGUACAAGAAUAACUCCCGUAAAGAGCACCAUCAAUCGGAACGUCGCCGGACACUGCUAGAGGAACAAAAACGCCUCCGCCAAAAUGAAAUCGAUAGCUCUCGUUGUGGCUUACUUGAACUUAUAGAAAAAGAGUCCACCGAUACGGACAGUAAAUCAAACCGCCAUCGACCGCGAGUUUGGUUUAGCGAACUUUACCGCAAUAAAAUUCAGCUCUCAGAAUGGAUGUACGAACGACCAGAUGAUUUGGAAAGUUGGUAUAUGUUGCCUUGUCCAGUAGGAACCCGUUGUUUACUGGUAAUUCGACGAGGCCUUGCUGUAGCCUAUGAUAAAAGUGGACGAUCCAUGACGAGAUUUGCCACCGCACUGGGAAACAAACAGCGGGUAACGGUGUUGGAUUGCUUCCUGACUAAGGAUCGUAUUUUCUAUGCCAUUGACCUGUUAGUUUACAACGAAAUGGAUCUGGUGCAGUGCGAAUGUCAGUUCCGGUUUCUUUGGUUGCGUUCGAAAUUAGAUGAGGAUGAAGUUCCAAACAAAAUAUGCAAAUCCAAGGAAUUGGGAUGGAGAUUAGAAAUCCUGCCAGUGUAUGAUUUUUGUAAGCCAAAUGAGAUAGCAGAUUGCUUGUCUCGCUUCCCAAUGUUUUCCGAGAAAACCACUCGAUUAGAUGGACUACUUUUCUACCACAAAGAAUCUAACUAUAUAUACGGCAGGACACCGCUUGUCACGUGGUUGUUUCCUUUUAUGAUACCGGACUUACUUGCUGGCAGUUGGGGUGAAACAAUGAAUCACCGGUAUUUGCACCAGAUACCGGCUGACUACACCAAGUUGGGUUACCGAGCCUGGGUGGAUGAAUUUGAUGCCAAACUGGCGCGAAAGCGAUCUCGUCGUAUUAAUUCACAGAACAAGACGGACCAAAUGGAUGGAGAUACUGACGAAUAUUCCCGUACCGGAGAUAUGCCGACGUGGGAAGAAAUGGACACUAUAGUAACGGACGAUGACUUUGAUUGGCAUCAGAAAGAAAUGGAUGAAAUGCGACGACUUGAAAUGGAAGGUUAACAACCAGCAUCUUCGAAAAUAUGUUUAGUUUUUACCUUGAUUGGAUUACUCAGUGCAAAAUGUCUGCCUGUUAUACCUUAAACAUCGGUAUAAAACGACAAAUUUUAAAAUUGGUUAAUAGAGCAACCGGAUGUUCCACUGCUCUAACUUCACAGGUCCUUGAAUUUAUGAGAAUUCAUGUAAAAAAUGUUCAUAUCAGGAUCUUUAACCAAAUGAAAAAAUGUUUUAUAAACAUUAUUGACAUGUAGAAAUAUUGAAUCAAUGUACAUUAAACUUGACAAUUGCCCAUUUCUCA